AAAUUAAAUGCGUAAACUGAUGAAGAACGGACAAAACAGAAACGCUCAAGAAUAAUUGUGGUUUGUUCACACAGCGCACACAACCACAGCAGCUACCGUCUCUGUAGCAAGGCGAAUCAACGACCCAAUCGGGUCCUCUCUUCGUCUUCUGAAUUUCAAGCCAAGAAUAUUGGGUCACCUUUACUGAGAAAUUAACAAAUAGAGAAGAUAAAAUGUUUCAGAUCGAGGAGCUAGAAUCUGACACUUUUUUUGUAAACCUCCAAUCCCAGCUCGUGCGCCCAAAAACAAAUAUGAAGUAGCUGUGUGAUGGUCUCAGAACAGUGUCUUUAUAAAGCCAGAUUACCUUACCUCUUUGGUAAACCAAAUUAUUCUGAUGGGGACCAUAUUGAGCCACAAUAGUUCUAAGACUGGAGUUAGUGAGCCCUUUGAGGUUUCACAGGCUGAAAGGUGCAAGAGGCUGAGGCUAUCUACAAGUACCUGUGAUGAGGACGCAAGAUUGAUACCUAGCCUUCCUGAUGAAAUCUCAAUACAAAUCCUUGCUAGAGUUCCUAGGAUUCACUACUUGAAUUUUAAGCUGGUAUCUCGGGCCUGGAAAGCUGCUAUGGUGAGCACUGAAUUAUUUAUUGUGAGAAAAGAACUUGGAACCACAGAAGAGUGGCUCUAUGUAUUAACAAAGGUCGAAAAUGCCAAGCUUAUGUGGUAUGCUGUGGACCCUUUGUCAAGAAGAUGGCAAAGGUUGCCACCUAUGCCAAAUGUUACUUUUGAAGAUGAAUCCAGGAGGGGUUUGGCUGGCCUUCGGAUGUGGAGUAUGGUGGGUUCAAGCAUCAAGAUUGCAGAUGUCAUAAGAGGCUGGCUUGGGAAGAAGGAUUUAUUGGACAGAAUGCCAUUCUGUGGCUGUGCUAUUGGUGCUGUCAAUGGCUGCUUGUAUGUGGUUGGGGGAUUUUCUAGAACAUCAGCCAUGACAUGUGUCUGGCAUUACAAUCCAAUCUCAAAUGCCUGGAGUGAAGACAGUUCAAUGUCAGUUGGUAGAGCCUAUUGUAAGAUGAGCAUCUUAAACGACAAGCUUUAUGUUGUUGGAGGGGUUACCAAGGGUCGUGGUGGAUUGACUCCACUUCAAUCUGCAGAAGUUUAUGAUCCUCACACAGAUUCAUGGAGCCAAAUACCAUGCAUGCCCUUUUCAAAAGCUCAGGUUCUACCUACUGCUUUUUUAGCUGAUUUACUCAAGCCCAUUGCAACAGGAAUGACGUCAUACAGGGGAAAAUUAUUUGUGCCACAGAGUUUAUAUUGCUGGCCCUUCUUUGUAGAUGUUGGAGGAGAGAUUUAUGAUCCUGAGAUGAAUUCAUGGGUUGAAAUGCCGAUUGGCAUGGGUGAGGGCUGGCCUGCAAGGCAGGCAGGAACAAAAUUAGGUGUCAUAGUUGAGGGUGAAUUGUAUGCAUUGGAUCCUUCCAGUUCUCUUGAUAGUGCUAGAAUCAAGGUAUAUGAUUACCAAAAUGAUUCUUGGAAAGUUGUCGUUGAAGAAGUUCCCAUCCGUGACUUUACUGAUUCCGAGUCCCCUUAUUUACUUGCUAGUUUACUUGGAAAGCUUCAUGUGAUAACUAAAGAUGCAAAUCACAACAUAGCAAUCAUGCAGGCAGAUGUGCAAAACCAUUCAGCUCCCUCUCCAUCAGCUUCAUCUUCUUCAUUGGAUAACACAUUCCAUGAACAUUCCCUUUCCAUGGUUGAAUCAGACACAAAUACUUGGAAGGUCAUUGCCACUAGGAGUGGUGGAACGGCUGAACUGGUUAGCUGUCAGACUCUUGAUGUUUGAUGUCAUUCAUGCUGCUUCCGAUCUUGGAGUCAAUGAUCAAUGCUUAAAGGCUGUUUGUUGAGGGUACUCUAAUGCUGUUCCGCAUUUAUCUAUUUCACAAAACACUGAUCUUGGAUGUGCGCAAUUUACUUAUUCGACGUGAAAAUUCUCUUGCAUCCCAAGUUGUAUGUAAAGAAAUUAUAUUUUUGGCCUUCUUGGCCAUAAUCCUUUCCAGUAAAUUGAUAUUCUGUUUGAUACA